AUGAAACGUAUUGGCAACUAUAAAUUGGGUAAAACUAUAUAUUCUGGAACUUUUGGAAAAGUGAAAUUAUCAGUUCAUAUCCCUACUUAACAAACUGUGACCAUUAAGAUUAUGAAUAUAUAACGAUUAGUUGAUAUUAUUGAUAUAGAAAUAGUAAAACGUGAAUUACAUAUAUUUAAAAUUGUUAGACAUCCAAAUAUUAUUAUGUUAUAUGAGGUUUUUGAGACAACUAAAUAUAUUUUUACCAUAAAUAAAUGCAUGUGCUUUAUUUUAAUAACUAUUAUCAGGAAUAGAAUAUAUACAAAAAUUAAAAAUAGUUCAUAGAGAUAUAAAACUAGAGAAUCUCUUAAUAAAAUGAAGAAUUAAAAUUGUUGA